AUCCUGUGUCAAAAAGACCAAAAACAAAACAAAACAACCCAAAACAAAAACGCACCAGCACUACUCACUACCUCAGUACUCAGGAAGGUCGGUUCCAGGCCAUCUGGGACUAAAGGGAGAUUUUUCUUUCUUUUCUGGAGCCAAGGACAGAACCCAGGGCCUUGCACUUGCUAGGCAAGCACUCUACCACUCAGCUAAAUCCCUAAACCCCAAUUUUUUUCUUUUUUAAAGCAAAGGUUAAGUCAUCACUUAACGGGGAGGCUCAUCCGGAGGGGCAAAGCCUGGUCUCCAACCCAGGGCCCCGCUGCUGAGCACUGGGAGAUGCUGCACGUAGGCCUGGCUUGAGGCAGAGCCCUGUGACCAGGGGGAAGCACCCUGGUCCUCGGGCCUGGAGUAGCCCAAUCCUAACUACCCCACCUACGUCACCCAAUACGAAGCGUUCUGAACGUUGCCUCUGGCAUCCGGGCACUGGAGCAGCCAACGGUCUGGGGCCAGAUCGUUGGGUACCGGCGACGGUGGAGCUGCUUGCUCCUCCACAACGACUAACCUGAUGUCUUUCAAGGUGGCGCCCCCCUUCGAGGCGUGGGUGGAGGCGCCUUCCGAAGACAAGCCCAAAGACCGGCCGGAAGACCAGCCUGAGGUGGGGCUGCCCGGGGAGCCUGGCCCGAGUUGCGCACCCGGGCCGCCGCCGGAGCCCCCGCCGCCGCCGGGCCAGGAGGCGCCGCCACCGCGCGGCUGCACAUCUAGCCUGGAGGCGCCGCUGUCAGGCUUGUUCCGGCGCCUGGGCGGCGCAGUGGGCUCGCGCCCCUGGCUGUUCCUGCUGGUGCCGGCGCUGCUUACCGCCGCGCUGGGCUCAGGCUUCGUCUACCUCCCGAAGGAGAACGAGAACAUGGAGAAUUACACGCCCGUCGGCAGCCCAGCCAAGGCCGAGCGGCGCUUCGUGCAGGGCCACUUCAGAACCAACGACACAUACCGCUUCUCGGCGUCGCGCACCAGCUCCGAGGCCAACUUCGCGUCCAUCCUGGUGGUAUCGCUGGAGGACUCGCUGCUGGAGAAGCAGAUCUUCUCGGAGGUGAGCAGGCUGGACAACGCGGUGCAGGCGCUGUCGGUGGUGCUGGAGAACGGGACGCGGAUCACCUACCGCACAGUGUGCGCCAAGUACCAGGGGCUGUGCGUGCCGCCCAACCCGCUGCUGUACUCCUGGCAGUCCGGAGCAUCGCUGGACCUGAGGAACCGCACCUUCCCCAUCCACAACAUGUCUGGCCAUUUCAUCCACCUGGCCGGCUCCUUCGGAGGAAAUGUCUUGGGCGAGAAGAUCGGGAUGGGCCAGCGCCUGCUGGAGUCCCGCGUCUUGCGGCUGCUGUACUUCCUGAAGACCGAGGACCAGGACAGUGAGCGCAGCAAGGCCUGGCUCACCCACUUUCUAGAUCAUUUCGAGGAAGUGAAGCAGAGCCUGGCUCUGCAUAAGGUCAAGGUGGUCUACUUUACAUCCCUUUCCAGACAGCUGGAAUUCAAGGCAGUGUCCGAGACUGUGAUCCCACUGUUCCACUUGGCCUACGUUCUAAUCAUACUUUUUGUGGUUAUAUCAUGCUUCAGGUUGAACUGUAUACAAAAUAAAAUGUGUGUUGCAGUCUGUGGCGUAUUUGCCGUGGCCAUGUCAGUGGUGAGUGGCUUUGGCCUGAUGCUGCACAUUGGGGUGCCAUUUGCGACCAUAGUUGUAAAUUCACCAUUUCUCAUCCUUGGUGUUGGGGUUGAUAACAUGUUUAUCAUGAUUUCUGCCUGGCAGAAGACCAGCCUUAAGGAUGGUGUAAGAGAACGGCUCUCCAGUUCUUAUUUCAGGGUGGCAGUGUCCAUUACAAUCACCACCACAACCAACGUCCUGGCCUUCUACACAGGAAUCACUAGCUCCUUCAGGUCCGUACAGUACUUCUUCAUCUACACAGGAACAACCCUGAUCUUUUGUUAUCUUUAUAAUAUCACCUGUUUUGGAGCAAUUAUGGCCCUGGAUGGUAAACGAGAAUUUGCCUGCUUCUGCUGGUUGGACAAUCCAGACCAGAGGUUUUUCUCAUUAAAAAAGACCUGCUGUCUCCCACUCAGCUCUUCUCCAGAUGAAAAUGGAGAAGAUAAACAUCCAGUGAAUUUGUUCUUUAGAGACUAUUUUGGUCCAUUUAUCACAACGACUAAAGCCAAGUUUUCUGUAGUGCUGAUAUACAUUUUUUACAUCAUAAGCAGUAUAUAUGGGUGUUUCCAAGUGCAGGAAGGAUUAGACCUUCGUAAUCUGGCAAGUGAUGAUUCCUACAUCACACCAUAUUUUAAUGUCAAGGAAGAUUACUUCUCAGAAUACGGCCCAAGGGUUAUGGUUAUUGUUACUGAAAGCAUCAACUACUGGGACAAAGAUAUAAGACAGAGCCUGAACAAAUGUAUGGUAAAAUUUGAAGAAAAUGAAUAUGUAGAUAAAAAUCUCACAGAUUUUUGGUUGGAAGCAUAUGUUCAGUUUAUGAAAAAGACUGGAAACAAUCCAAAUAAUAAGAAUGCUUUUAUGGCUAAUAUUGGUGGCUUUUUAAGACUUUAUCCUGUUUUCACAUAUGAUAUUAAUAUUUCAACAUCAAAUGAAAUCUCUUCUUCCCGGUUCUUCAUCCAGACUAUAGGGGUUUCCUCUUCCAGCAGUAAGAAGAAAAUGCUGCUGCAGUUACGGGGCAUCGCUGAAAACUGCGAUGUCCCCCUGAUGGUGUACAACCCAGCCUUCAUCUAUUUUGAUCAGAAUGCUGCAGUCAUCGAGAACACUGUGCGGAACGUGAUAAUUGCAUCCACAGCUACGUUCAUUGUCUCCUUGUUGUUAAUCCCUUAUCCGAUGUGUUCCUUGUGGGUCACUUUUGAUAUUGCUUCUGUGAUUGUGGGGGUGACAGGUUUCAUGGCAUUCUGGAAUGUCAACCUUGACUCCAUAUCCAUGAUCACUCUUGUCAUUUGUAUAGGGUUUUCUUUUGAUUUUUCUGGACACGUCUCCUACGCAUUUUCCAGUUCUGAGACCUCAGCAAACAAAAAGUGCACGGAGGCAUUAUACAUGCUAGGCUAUCCAGUGUUGCAAAGUGCAAUUUCAACAGUAAUAGGCAUGUGUGUUUUAUCUGCAGCUAAAGCAUACGUAUUCAGAAUGUUUUUUAAGAUUAUGUUUCUUGUUAUGUUUUUUGGGGCUGCUCAUGGCCUAAUUUUUAUUCCAGUAUUCUUAACCUUUUUUUAAAAGUAAGUUUGAAUAUCCAAUUAUAGAAUUCCCAAUGGUCCCAAUCCAGUCUGAUUACAAAAUGCACUAUUAAGACUAGUCAGUAGAAAAGAGAGAAGUGAAAGUACCAGGGAGGUUGUGGGGGAAGAAGAACCAGGGGUAGGCAGGGAGGGAAGGGAGGGUAAUGUGGGCUGUGAGAAAAGGUCUCAAUGAAAAUCAUUAGUUUGUCAAGUUGAUAUACACUAACAGAAUAUAAAUUACUAAUGUAUAAUUGAAAAGAAAGGAUUAAAACAGUCUAUCUACUUUAAAGACAUGUUUCCUUGACUUGGAAAUCCCAUA